AUGGGUUCGUGUUUAUCUUGCAGAUCAUCAUCAUCAGAAUUAGAAUUCAAAGCCGUCCGAGUGGUUCACCUGAACGGCUACGUAGAAGAUUUUGAGCACCCGGUUUCGGUCAGCUACGUCACCGGAAAGCCCACCAAGUACUUCGUCUGCACGCCGGCCCAGCUCCUCUCUUGCGGGACCAAGCCCAUGAGGCCCGAGACGCUACUCGAACGGGGCAAACUCUAUUUCCUACUUCCUUACUCGGCCUUACAAGCGGACGUUUCGCCUUUGGACUUGGCUUCAAUUGCGAGAAAGCUCACUGCUCUGGCCAAAACCGUAAGGCGCAAGCCCAACAAGUCUCCGGGCCGGUUUAGUCCCUCUCCGGCCCAAUAUGGAGGGUCCAGCCCGGAUACGACGUCGAUCGGUGUGCAAAGGGCGGUGAGAGAGCGGCCGUGGAAGCCUAUUUUGGACACAAUUAGAGAGAGGUCCUUUACUCGGCGGAGCGAGUCGGAGUUACAAUUACAAGAAAACCAAAUUGAGGCCUUGAGAGUUGCGUGA